AUGAAAACUAAAAGCGCCUUUCGCAAGGGCCCAGCGGCAGUAAUCGCUCCAGCUUGCAUACUGCUCCUCAUGGCUUAUUUCAUUUUAAAACACUUUUUUCUAUCUAAGGAGUCAUUUGAAGGGAAUUGGAGCUGCUUGAUCUCUAAGUUAGGUUUCUCCCACUUUAACAAUGAAGAUACUACAACACAAACUACAUUUAAACAACCAAUUGCAAACCCAAUCUCUGACAUUGAAGAUGCAAACCCAGUCGACAAAAUACGGCUUUUCAGCUUCUUACUCGCAUGUCUUUUGUUUGUUGUGCCGUACCUGGUAUAA